CCUGCAGCACCCAGCAGUCAUGACUGACCUGGGCCUCCACUUGUUGGACUUGAUGGCUGCACAGCUGCUGCCCAUUCCUCCAGACACCCCUUGAAUGUUGCUGCUGUCUACACUCUGCCUCCUAAGUCUUUGGAAGUGUCUAUGGCGGGUCCAGGGCUGGUUUUGGCGGUGCUGCUGCUGGCGGGGCUCGGGGCAGAGGCGUCCUUUCUACGAGGGAACAGAGGGAGGUACCGAGCCCCGAAGUGCCCCACCAAGUACCUCACCACGUACGAGACGGAGGUUGUGGAGCGGCCAGUGUACCACACCGUGAAGGAGACGCAGACGGUGCCCACCACCGAGUACCGCACCGUGCACCGGACAGUCACGCGGGUGGAGGAGCGGACCAGGACGGUGCCGCGGUACAUCACCACCACCACGUACCGCACCCUGUUCACCACGCGCACCGCCUACAGCACCACCGUGAGCGUGCAGUACUCCCCGAGCUACGUCACCACCACCACCUUCGUGCCCUCCUACGUCACCACCACCGACGUGUCCUACGUGUACCGGACGCAGACGCUGUUCAGGACGACGACCGCCACGUCGGUGCAGCCCUCCUACGUCACCACCACGCAGUUCUCCACGCAGUUCCAGACGCAGGUCACCACGCAGUACCAGCAGCAGUACGUGACGGUCACCACCACGCAGCAGUCCUACCAGACAGCCUGUCCAGAGGCACCGCCACAGCAGGGCUACGGGACUUCCCCUCAGAUUCCCCCAGCGCCAGUUUACAUCUCUCCUCCCGCCCCACAGCAAUCCUACGGCGUCCCAGACCCCCCACAACAAUCCUACGGCGCCCCUGAACCUCCACAACAAUCCUACGGCGCCCCUGAACCGCCACAGCAGUCCUAUGGCGCCCCUCAAUCCCCACAACAAUCGUACGGCGCCCCAGAGCCGCCACAGCAAUCCUACGGCGCCCCAGAACCGCCACAGCAGUCAUACGGCGCCCCUGAGCUCCCACAGCAAUCCUACGGCGCCCCAGAGCCUCCACAGCAGUCCUACGGAGCCCCAGAGCCUCCACAGCAAUCCUACGGCGUCCCUGAAUCCCCACAGCAAUCCUACGGAGCCCCUGACCCUCCACAACAAUCCUACGGCGCCCCUCAGCCCCCACAGCAAUCCUACGGCGCCCCUGAACAACCGCAACAAUCCUACGGCGCUCCUCAAACCCCACAACAAUCGUACGGCGCCCCUCAGCCCCCACAGCAAUCCUACGGCGCUCCUCAACCCCCACAGCAAUCCUACGGUGCUCCUGAACCCCCACAACAAUCCUACGGCGCCCCUGAACCGCCACAGCAAUCCUACGGUGCUCCUGAACCCCCACAACAAUCCUACGGCGCCCCUGAACCGCCACAGCAAUCCUACGGUGCUCCUCAACCCCCACAGCAAUCCUACGGUGCUCCUCAACCCCCACAGCAAUCCUACGGCGCCCCUGAACCCCCACAACAAUCCUACGGUGCUCCUCAACCCCCACAGCAAUCCUACGGCGCCCCUGAACCGCCACAGCAAUCCUACGGUGUUCCUCAACCCCCACAGCAAUCCUACGGCGCCCCUGAACCGCCACAGCAAUCCUAUUUGCCUCCCCCUUCGUCGUCGCACAGGUCCUUAGGGAAGAGAUCACCAGGGAAGGAUCUGUUCGGAACCUUCGUCCCAGGUAAUGCAGCGGAGUCCUUCGCGGUGCACAAGGACGUCAAGAGGAAGAGGGAGCUGGCGGAGGAGGACCUGAAGGCAGUAAAAAAGGAAUGAGUGUGAAAAUAGAGGAAAAGGAAGGAGAAUGAGGACGAGGAGCAGGAAGUGAAGGAGGUGGAGGUGGAGGAGGGACCAAGUGAGGAAAGGAAAGGAAAACUGGACGAGAAGGAAGAGCAGGAAGAGAAGGGAGGAGGAAGAGGAGGAGGGAUGAUGUGAAGAAAAAAAAAAAAAGAGAGAAGGGGGAAGGGAGGAGGAACUGGAGGAGAACGUGGAGUGUUGGGUGGAAUGGACGAGGUUGACAUGCGGUGGCAAAACAAAACGACUCACUUGUUACCAGUUAUAUUUUUGUGUUCGUAUCGUCGUUUGCUUUAACUGUGUAUAUUUACUUGUUUUCCAGUGCCUGUAUAUAUAAUAAGAUGAAUAUAUUGUAAUUACUCCAGAA